GGAGAUGGACUUUGAGCAUUCACGCAUUAGUGUGGAUGAUGUUUCCAAGGCAACAAGCUUAUUUUAGGUUGUAACUGAAAGUGUGUGGGAGGGGUGGAAUAUUAUUGAACAACCAAAGCGAGAGCUGGUGAACGUUUUCUGACCAAAUAAGUCUGAAAAGAACAAAGAAGCCUGCUGUUCUUAAAUGUUAAUGCCAAAAGUGUUAGUUAGUACAACCCAGCAGCAAAAACACCAAAUUAUCAGACUUAUAAGAGUCUGAUAGUAAAAAUACAGGGCACAGAGCCAAGAGAGAAGAUAACACCUACCACAAGUAUCUGUCCACUCUGCCCCUCUGUUGUAACUGAGGUGGAAUAACGCCGAGGUGCAGAUGCAAACAUCUUCUGUGAGUGGAAAAAAACCUGCGUGUCUAAAAAGUUCCAGUAUUCUCAUGUUUCAUUGGCCAUCUUUUAACUCCCAUGUCUUGAUUAAAUCAAACCUCUUAUCAGUGCAGCACAGUCAUCCUCUGUAUGCAAAUCUCAAAACCACUGAGCAGAAAUGACACCUGUACAAUAGUGCACAUGCCGACACCUGAACACACUUGUAGUUACAAAGUGCAUUUUAUCAAUAUUUCUGCAAGAUGUCAAAAAGGGGAACUUUAGAUUGAUGCUGUGGUAGAUAUGGGAUCCCAGUGGAAAAAAUCUCAACAUGGAUGGGAAAAUGACUUUGUGUGGACAUCCAAGACUGUACUGUGAGGUGGCAAUCUAUAGCUUUGUUUGUACAACGCUAUAGCUUUGUCUGUAGUCCAGAUUUUGGAGCCCAAAGUUAGUUUAUUUUUUCUCCUCAGCACUUUUUCUAUCACAUUUAUCAGUCAUAACCAGGGAAUCAGAUUAUCUACAGGAUCAAACCCAUAGGAAAACUCUCCUCCUGUAGCCAAACAUGAUAGCUGAAAGUGAAUAGGAGACACUAAAGACCCAUUGCUGACAUGACUAAAGAUUGGGAGACCUUUAUAUGCAAAUGAGCCGAGUUUUGCCUCCCCAAAGAGUUCAACUGAAGGUACAAGAGUAUUUAUUAAAGGUCACAGGGGUUGUGUUUCAUUCCAUUCCUCUGCCAGACGAUUCUGGAAUUGCCAUCUGGGGAUAAAGGUAUGAGCUCUCAUAUUUCAUUUUUACAUCUAAACUUUAUUAUGUUUAUUCUGUCUGGUUUGGUUAUGCCUUUAAUUUUUUUGCAUAUGGUUUGCAUAUGCUUUUGUGUACAAGAGUACACAAGUUAAUGAUAGCAGAAAACAACACUGUCAAUAUGUGCAGUAUAUCUCAUGCCAAGGCAGCUUGAAUGAAUGCUUAAGUUAGGACUGUUUAAACCCUGUGUGGUUUAAUUGAACAUUAAUACAGUCAUCACAGAUUAUCCUUAAUCUGCUUUGGGCUCAGAGCUUCUUAACUGUUUCAUUUGCAGUAACCUCAUUUUCUCUAUGGGAAAUUCUUACUGGACCUGUGCAAAGUCAGAAAGGUACCUCAACACUAGACGUCAAUCUGCAUAGCUGCAGAAAUCUCUGUGCACUUAACAUGUGAGCUGAUUAUAGUCAGAGACUUAUUCCUACUCUGUGUCAGGUUGGUGGGUUGCACUGAUUUUUCCUGCUGCUAUACUUACUGUUACUGAUGUGCAUGGGUCGUGCUUCAGUAAUUGAGGAGCUAAGGAUUCAUGUUUGCAUGUGAAAAGGAAACUGCAAGAGACAUGGUUUAUAGGUUAUUUGUUCUUCAUAAUGUUCACUCAACAAUGAGACAGUUGCCAGGAUUUAUGAUGUUUGAUGUUUUACUUCCAUUUGAUUAAAAAGACUCAUUCAUGACACCAGCUCUCAACCUUAGUAUUUCUACAAAUGACUGCAGACUGGACACUUUAUUGUAUGUGCAUUUGUCCUGAUGUUUUGACUUGGCAUGCAGAAAUCAGAGUCUGUUGAUCCUCGCUGUGCUGGCAUGUUUGAUUAUGAGGUCUAGACAAAGGUUGUCUCUCGUUGAUCACAAGUAUAUAGAGAUACACAUGCAAAAGUCCAGGUGAUGUUGUAGUCUUUAUCAGCACUUGUGGCAUCCAAUCAAAUAACUUGAUUCCAAAGGAACUGUUGUAUAAUGGCAAAUACACAUUGACUGCAAACACAGAUUGUUGCGCUAUCAUAGUGUUGACUUUUGUGAAAUGCCUCAUUUAGACCUGUGGUUGUGUGUAGAUAUUGUUGUGGGUAACUACCAAGAAUCAAUAUGAAAUGGAUAGUCAAGUUAGUAUGGUUAUUAAUUUCUUAAAGCUAACUGUAAGCUUAAAGGGGCAAACUAGGUUAAGCUAGUUUGAUAUUUCUUCUCAAAUAAUUAGAUAAAUAUUUCAGUCGAGUUCUCCAAAGUGUCUGCAACACAAGACCUAUAUCCAUUAAAUCCAAAAUAAAGGCAUAUUGAGGUCUGAGACUUUCUAAGCACUGGCCUCAGUCAGGGUAUUGGAUUUACUAGAUUUAGAUGAUAGUGUUUGUACUUGUUCUGCAUAAACUCAUUUUUAAAAAUUAAAAAACUGAGUAAAUACGAAAGAUGAGACAUUUUUCAGUGCUUGUAAUGGCCAGUGAAUAAUGAUUUUGUCCACUUCCUGAUAGAGCCUAACAUCCGCUGGAAACAAAUUGAACUUUAUCGGGGUGAACUUUUUAAGCUGUUUGAUUGUUAUAGACCAGGGUGACCAAACGUCCUGUUUUCCUAAGACAUGUCCUGUUUUCGUGUUUGCCCUGGCUGUCUUGGUUGUUUUUAAGUGAUGAAAAUCCUGGUUAUCAUUGUUUGUCAUAGGGCCACUAUAGUAUAUUUUUUGUGAGUUGGUUUUUGUAAGUUUGUGAGAACUCUUUUUGUUAAAGUUGGAUUGCUUAUAUAGCAAAGGUAUUUUAUUUAUUUCUUCUGAUACAGAGAAGGCAUUAUUUCUAACGUUACUUCAUUAGUUAUUUUUGAAACUUGUCACAAUAAAACAUGUUGAGUAACCUCCUAGAAGCCUACCUAAAUGUGUGCCUUUAGUUUUAGAUAGUAUUUGGUAAUAUAACAAUUUUCUAUUCAUUCAGAGGAGGCAUACUUUAAAUGUAUUGAAAUCGUAAGUGGUCUUUAGAGUAAAGUUGGGUUGGAGUAUCAUUUGAGUAUCUCAUUGCCAGAUCGAGUGUCCUGGAUUCCGGAAAUUAAAAUAUGGUCUUCCUAUUAUAGAGUAUAGAAACAAAUUCUAUAUUUUUAAGUAUUAGUAUUUUUUUUUAUAAUAGAGCGCCUUCCUCUGAACAUUGCUCCCCGUUAUUGUUAUCCCCCCGCCUCCUCCACCUACCGGGUGAAACAGUUUAACUGAUUACAUCCUUUAAAACAAUCACACACAGGUGCACAGUCAAACUACUGCUCGUUUUUUUUCUCUGGAGGGAGAGCCUUUGACUUUUUGUGUGGCUCGGUUAAAAAAAAAAAAGAAAGGUGUGGGUUUUUACACGUUAUUUUAUUCAAAGUAUUUUUUAUAAUUACGACACGGUUUUCCCUGAGCAGAGAAGGCGUGACCUAUGAGGCAGGCAGAGGUCACACUCAGCAGUUAGCUGUUUGGAUUGGCAAACCGCAUUAGCUUGAAAUAGUUCAACUUCAGUCCAGUGCAGCGCGAGCCUCGAGCCACACCGCUGAGCUGCUCGUGGUGGCUUUCCACUCACCACUGCGGGCCACUGCUCCAGCAGUGAAGAUCGACAAGGUAGGAUUCAUCAGGAAGCAAAAGUCUUAUUCAUACUGUGGAGUUGCAAGGCUGUGUUGCAGAGGACACAGAGCCGAAUCACCCUUUCUCUGUUGGGAGUUUGUCCACACGGCAGAGCCCUUGCUGCAAUCACUGGAAAUUAUCUUUAGUUAGCUACCUCCUAUUUGGCAUAUGAUUUGUUUGUAAUGUUGUUGUGUAAGCUCUAAAAAACUAAAACUAAUUCAGUUGAGAUCUCAAACGCUGUCUGGGUGCUGGUCUUGUCCUGGAUUCUGCACAUGUUGAUGAGUUGUUUCAGACCUUUCUAAGACACAAUUCACAUCUUGAGAGAGGUUGGAUUUAUUUUGUGUAGUUUUCAUUUCAUUCAUGUUCUGCAAAAGGUCAGUGAUGUUUGCUCCACUGUCUGUCACUCAAAGUUUUCUCAAGGACUUUGUGUUGUUUGUUCCCUUUUUAUUGACAAGCUGUCCUGAGACACUGAAACAGGUCUGUUGUGCAGCACUUCUCUGCCAUCACUUGUUUUGUUCUGUUACACUUUUCUUUAACUCUCUGCAAAGGACUCAACACUGUUUAUGUGCCGUAUUUACUUGACUACAGUCCAAGUUAUGCAUGAGGAAAAUCUCAUUUCAUAUUUGCAUCAGGACUACACAGUGCGUUUUGGAUACUGCAUUUGCAAAGAUGAUGCAGAUGUUUAACAUACUGGCCCUACACAGGCCUCUCAUAAAUGAGAUGAAGCCUCAGUUAGCUGUUAGCUUCCCUUGCAUUAUCUGCGUCUGUUACUUGAGAUUGGGAGAUUGGCUGGAAUAGAAAGGCUGUCACUGAAUCAGAACUUGGGUAGAAAUAUGCUUCAGUGUUUAUUUUUAUUAAUGCCACUAUUUCAUUAUGGUAUAUAACCAAGGGCACUAUAUAGGGCUUUCAAAAAUUAAAACAUUUGGAUUUGUGACGUGGUCAUGCCUUUUUGUAUAAUGUCUUUUUGUAACCUCAGAAUCCCUGGCGGCACCCGGGAGUUUUUCAGUCCUGGCAUUUGAGUAUCAAACUUUUAUGAUACUGCAUUUACUUAUCCAACAGAUUUCAUGUUUUGGAUGAUUUUUUCUCUUGUCCUGAAAAUACUGCAGUCCUUCUGUUGUCCAUUAGCACAAUAGCUUUAUUAAUUCAGAAAACGGUCAAGGAGCUGACUGGUCUGUGUGCCAGCAAAUGUUUUGGUCCCUCUUAAGGUUUUCUUUAAGCCUUCUCAGGCUAAGUCCACCAUCCUUGCCCAUUUUUAUGCUACAUCAGCCCUCAACUACUGCACUUUUGAGUUCAUAAAGUAUUAAUCACCAGCCAGGUAAUUGCAAAACGGGUCUAGCAGUGAAAAAAGUGGACUUUGACUGCUAAAAUGGUUAUUCCUGUAAAACUAGCCUCAUUUCAAAAUAUCAGAAAGCUCAUGUACUGUCACAUGGGCAGGUGGACUUAAAUUGCUGUGGGAUGUGGGAUCUGCAUCUGAAUGUGUUUGUCUCUCUUUAUUGCAGGUUCUGUGACGAGUAUGGACAUUCUGGACGGUCUCACAACGGUAAGGGAUAAACCUGCAUCCCUCCCUGUUGGAUUUGACAUCUGUGUAGAUUAACUCGUGGUAUCCUAAAAUGAAGACGUCAAUACUUGAAAAUACUAAUGUUUAUUGUUUUGUGUUUUUUAAAAUAAAAACUCAAGCAUCUGUGUAAACACUAAUCAUUGAUUUUUGCACUUGCAGGAGUUCAUCAGCAUUUGUGUCCGAGACCCCAGGCUUGUCAGAGAUGACUUCUGGCACACACACAUCGACUACGAGAUCUAUGUGCAUGUGAGCACUGACUUACCUGCCAAUUUUUUUUUUAUGAAAUAUAUUUUUCUUCAAAGUUUGGGUCCAAUUAAUUGAUGUUUCUCUUUUUAGACGAACAGCAUGUGUUUUCGAAAAAAGAAUUCAAUCGUAAGGCGGCGAUACAGUGAGUUUGUUUGGCUUCGUCACUGUCUGGAGCAGAAUGCACUCAUCCUGUAUGUUGAGUUUUUUUUCCUCUUACCUCAGAUUCAUUACCUCUGUGAUAUGCAGUAGUUUAAUAUUGUUUUAAAUAUGUUUAAAGUGCAUAUUCUUCCCUGUGUAUUUUAGACAAUUACCCAAGUUGCCACCAUGGAACCCAUUCAUCAGCUUGAGGAACAAGGACCAGGUCUCCCACAGGAUGCAGGGCCUACAAGAGUUCUUAGAAUAGUGAGUGGCUGUACACUUGAGAAAACGACAGUAAUCAAAUAAAAGCAUUGCCACCUAGUGGUAUCCUUUUAAACUCCACCUGAAAGCGUUUAUUGAUGUGAUGAUUGUAAGAUCAGUCAAAUUACAGAUGACCUUGUUAGACACUAUUCUGUCUGGUAAGUGUCACUGUCGUGUAACACUUUUCAUCUCCAGUGUUCUUCAUGCGCCUCUGCUGUUAUCGGACAGUCGACUCCAUCUGUUCCUUCAGUCUGACCUAAACAUCAGGAGGAUGGAGAGGUGUGCACGUGGUAAGACCAGAUACACAGUGGCUGAAGCCAUCCAACGCACCAGCAGCAGCGGCUACGUCAGCAGGCUAGAGGAGAAGUCGUCCUCCUGUGACUCUGACUAUGAAAGGUAAAGAACAGACAGAUGGUUCACUUUAGGAAAAAAAAAAAGUUAUCUUUUAACAAUGACCCCCUCCCCCUAUCUUUUCCUUCCUCAGCAGCUCUUCAUCUUCAGGUGUGGGACUGAGUGUGGACACACCACUGCGGGGAAGCCCCCUCCUCUUCUUCGAGUCCUCUAACAGAGUCCCAGAGCUGUGCAGCUGUCUAUCGCAGUCCAAGAACCCGUACAGUUCGUCCUGAAGCUCAGCAGUUUUACCUGACCACUCCCUCUGUCUGUUCAGCCAUGUAUGAGCCUGUGACCCUCAGCAGAGCUCCUGUUUCUCUUAAUUCGCUCACAAAGAACAAAGUGCUUGGUUUUACUUUCUUUAGCAGGGUUAUUGUAAAGAAAAUGUGUUUUAAUUAUUGGCUCUUGCUUUUCUCUUAAACCAGUCCUGUGGUUAUUUAAGUCAGUGUGCCAGAAAAAAAGUUUUUUGUUUUUUUUAAAUGUAUAGUAAACUUAAAUUUAUUAUAAAGAGUUCUUAAGUAUUUACUUAGGAUAUUUUUAUGUGCUUUGGAUAUGUGCUGUGGGGGGGGGAAGAAUGUUUUAAAUGAGUGAUUCCAUUUUUUUAGAAAAACAUUUGUGACUUGGGAUUUGUUAAUGAUGAAUAAAUGGUCAUUUUAUAAUGAAAAAGGAGACUUAAAUGACUUUUCUUCAGCUGCUCCUGAAGAAGUUCUGUUGAAUACAGUGCAACAGUGGUGCAAUUCCACUUCAGCCCAGUAGGGGGAGUGUAGACAUCAUGGGAAUGAGUGCAUGCAGAAGAGAAAUGAAGGUCUGUAGUACUGCUAGAGGUGAUACAAACUUUCAUAGCUGAUUGUGCAUCAUUUAUGAUCUUCAUAAGAGCUCAUUGUCAAAGUGUGGAAACAUUUAACAGUGCAAACCAAGGUGCAUUUAAAUUCCAUAUCACCCUGUUAUUAAGCUCUACAGGGUUAAAAACUGACAUAGUUUGAUAUUCUUGACUUUUUCAGAAGUCUAGAGUUUCUUUGAAUGUUCGAUUCUCAGAUGAUGCCACCCUCUUGUAUUGGUGUCCCAUGUGCAGUCGUGUUGUGUGCAGACAGUAAAACUCACAAGAUCUUUACCUUAGCAUAUGCAGAGUGUGCUGCUUAUAAUUCAAUAACAAUAAUUCCCACCUGUAAUGAGGUUCUAAGUUCAUUUUUUUUUCAUAAACUGUUAUGAAGGAUUUUUACAGUGCGCCUUUGUUCAAAUAAGACCCUGUCUGAAAAUUUCAAAGUUGCUCCACACUUUCAUUUAAAACUAAGCUGAUUAAUAACCUUCAUUAAAAUUUACUGCAGGGCUGUUACGCCAGACCAAACGUGUCUACUGAGUGGGCAACAGGGUGUAGUUAAACCGCAGUUGCUGUAACAUUAUCCAGAUGUGUGUCCUUUUCCAGCGGAAUCUCUUCUACUUGAAGUAUGGGUGUUCGUAGAUCCACCGAGUGUGUGCAUGUUCUAUAGAAUAACUGUCAGUGUUGUAAUUUGACAAGAAGAAACCCAGGUCACAUUUCAGCCCCCUUGUCACUACUUUCCCAGGUGAGAGGGUCUAAUUAAAGUAAGAUGACAAAUUAAUUUAACUAUUACAGACGCCUCUUGGGAAUCAACCUGCAAGAAAUAAGACAGCAAACCAUGUGUGUGUGUGUGUGUGUGUGCGCGUUAGAGGGAUGUGGCUGGAUGAGAAGCUGUGCAGGAGUGCUGGACAGCCCUAUAAAUUGAAAGCUGAUGAAAGAAGCAAAGGCUCAUUAAAGGAGACAGCAGUGCCCCCCUCCUCGAACCCCCCUCUUUCAACAGCUGAGUUGAUGUGGGUCGGCACCACAGUAAACCUGGCCUGUCCUGUGUCUCUGUCCUCUUCUCUCCUUCCCCUGGAUGGUGCUGUCUCCCCUGUGCGUACGGGCCAUAAUGAAGCUGUCAGUGACUUCACACAGCAGCCUCAGAGCUGUACUCAUACGGCGAACACAGACACAGACAUGGACACGUACAUACACACAUGUUUAUACACACUCUGCUGGAAAAGCUGUGGAUGAAUGAACAUUUUCUCUUUUCCUCAUCUACUGUCAUUUCCUGAGUCCCUCUGGUUUGUGGUUGGUGCUCUCCAUCUCUGUUUGCUGUUAAGGUUGACCUUAUCAGAGAAGCCCAUGACAGGAAUACAGCGUGACACACACAUGCACACACACACAGUCAGGGUUUGGUUCAGAGCAAGUCAAUUUUCUGACAAAAUGAAAUGCAACUGCAAACGGGGGGCAUCUUGUGUCUGUGCGUGUGCAUGUGUGCGCACACGUCUGCUUUUUUUUUUUUCCAUGGUGAGAACAUCUAGCAUUUGGAUAUUGAGUAUUCACGGUACAUGUCUAUUUCAUCUCAGUAAUUUAUAACUCAAUUUCCAGUGUGCAUUGAUGCGCUUCAUACCUCCAAAACACAAAACAUGGCCCAAACCCAAUUGUAUUUCAAAGCAAUUAGGGUGUCCACUGAGUUGUGAACACGCCACGUUGCUGUGGUUCUGAGCCCAUGUGAAAUUUUUAAUUGUUAAUUUUCUGUCACAUUAGUCAACUUCAGAGCGCUAGGACAGGUGACUGAGCUCCUGUGGGCGACACAUAAAAUGACACAGAACAUCUUUUCUGUCUUUUGAGGCGGCGUUAGAGGAUGGUGGUUUUUUAUGAGCGAGGUGGAAAAGGCUCCAGUGUAUGUGAGAAGUGAAGUGACAAGAUGGUAGAUCAUAUUUACAGCUAUUUUACGGUCAGAAUCUUCCUAAUGCUUUCGAACAUAUGUGGUGUGUGUCAAUAUUAGUAUUAGUUUAUGGAUCUAAAUUAUUAUCUCAUUUAGACUUUCACCUGAAGCCGCUGCAGGAAAUGGCUUCACCUCUCUGACCCCACAAAAGCCAACAAUGGCAAAAUCCAUAAGAGCAAUUAGCCUGCAUAUCUCCCACCCUGCCCUUUAUUUUUGCACUCAUAGUGUCUUUACAUCACUCUUCCUCUCAUUUUCUCUCUCAACCUCUCAUCAUGUCUCUAAAGGCUGCUAUGUUAAUUAACCGUCCGCUUCUGCACUUGGAUGUUUUUUCUUGCUGAUGCUGCAGACUGCAGUCUACCUCAGCUGUUCGGCUCUUGAGGACAAAGGCCCCAGUCCGCAGCCGCUCCCUGUCUUCUUUCUGCACUCUCAUUUACAAGGGUCAAAGGUGACUACAUGCAUUGUAUUUGUGAUUAUUACCUCUAAAGUGCUAUUGCAUAAAGUAUCAUUAAAAGUCGAUGCAUCUCUCUCUCUCCUCUUCCCCCCCCUCCAGCCCCACAUGCCUAAAACACACACACUCAUUUUGCACGCACCCCCGCACAUCGCCGGCCAUUUAACUGCUAAAAUACGACCCCUUCGCAGAUAAAUGUCACAGGGCCAUCUAUCUGCGAGUGUUAAAAGUCGGCUAAUGGAGAUGACAUAUUAGCAGCCCAAAUGACUGCCAUAAAAACUCUUACCAUACCUCGCAGCGCCGCCCGGCCACUGUGACUGAAACGGGAUAUGAUAGUGGCACUGCAAGUAUCUGUCCCCUGAAACGACAGAGACGGAUGAUGGAGAUGGAGGAUGAUGUCAUAUUUAGAUGGAGGACUUUUUGAUUCAGUGUGAGGCUGCAGGUGUACCAAGGCAUUGAUUGAGGAGGUACGAACACAGAGAUAAAUGUAGAAUAUUUACUGUGUGGUGGCUCUAAAAGGACAUGCACACAUACGUUACAUUUGCUCCAUUUUACUGUGAUAAGUUGUCAUUUUCAGAUGGUUUCCUGAGGCUUCCUCCGAUGAUCAGAACUUGUUUCCCUAGAGUUGCAAAAGCAGAAACAAACAUAUUUACCCACAUGAAGCUGCAGCAACAGGCUAACCAACGUGGCAUCUAUGUGUACAUUUCUAUGUUCUAACCUAUCACAGUGAACACUCUAAUGUUUUGUUUUCUAUCACUAAACGAGAAUGAGCUUUGGUAUCUUUAGAUGAGUUGAAAAGGUAGUUGAGAUCCUCAGACAUCAACCAGAAAUGGACUCGUCAUCACUAGGAUUUAGAGAAAACAAAUGUAUGGAUGCAUGUCCUCUCAGGGCUUCCAGGAAUACACACACACACUCAAUAACACAUCUGAUGUAAUUCCAAUGACCUUUGACCUUUUAUAGAGUUAUAGCCGUCAGAAACCACAGGCCAGGUCAGCUUUGGCUUCAAUGUAAGUGUGUGUCAAUAACAAAGCCCCCUUCAAGAUCAAUACAGAUCCUCCACAGGUACGUGUUCACCUCCUCUCCUCCUCCUAUCUCUUUAUUAAUUACCCUCCUCUAUCCGUGCGUGUCUCCCUCUCUCUGAGUGAAUGGAGCAGUUGUAAUUGCUUCUCUCUGGAGCAGUUAGAAGCGGCACAAAGGAACCGUAUAGAAACCACAUUUGCAUUCAAGAUGAGCUGAGGAGGAGAGGAGGGAGGGAGCACUGCCCUGCUGCCCUACACUGAGCAGCACAUUCACUCUUCCUCUUUCUCUCUCUUCUUCUUCUUCUUUCUCUCAUCUAUUGUCUCUCUCUCUUCAUCCCUCCCUCCACCUUAUCUACUCCCACCACCCAAACCCCCACCUCCGCCUCCUCCUCCCCUUUUACGCCGCACGGCUCCCCUUGCAUUGUCUUUCCCGAGAGUUCCAAGGUCGACGGGAGCUUGCUCAUCAGAGCACAGUAUUGUACACUUAGUGCAGGCGUGGACGAGCUAAUUUGUGUGUGUGUGAGUGUGCACGAUCCUGUAUGGGUGUGUGUGUGUGUGUAUGGCUUGCAUAUAUGUGUAGCAGUAGGUGGUUUUGUGCGUGUGUGUGUGUGUGUGCACAGCAGUAUUUCUAAUAGCUGGUAAAAAGAGGUGAAGGAGGGGAGGCUGUAAUUAAUAACUCAUAAGCACAGAAUUGCAAUUUUUUACAGCCACCAAUAUCUCACCACCUCUUAGACCUAUGCCAUCACUCUCACUCACUCCAGGGGAGUCAUGCACACUCACACACACACACACACACACACACACACAUAUAUAAACUCCUGAGGGCUCCUCUUUUCUCGCUUGAUAAGCAUUUCUCGUUUGUUUCAGGGUUUUGAUCAAUACAGUUAAAACGCCAAACCAAGCAUAAUUAGGUCUGAGAUGGCUCCCACUGUGACUGAAUAGGCUUCACCUGGGGAGGUGCUCACCAUUAUCAUCAUCACUAUACAUGUGUGUAUGCGUGUGUGCGUGCAUGUGCUCGUACCGCACACAGCGUGAUCUAAUAGAAUUGACAAAGUGCACAUUGGGACGUAGAUUAAAGGAGAACGUAGAGCCAUAGGUUGAUUUUUGCAGGUGAUGGAGUCGCCCAUUCGCUGUGCUCUCACUCAUCUCCAUCUUCAUUCCCAUAAUCAUUUAGACAACCUUUACAAUGCAUCUCUGCCAGCACACUCAUUUCAAUAUGUUAUAGGCCACCUCAAUCAUUUUUUAUUGGUUUAUUUACUCAGAACGAUACAUAAAUGGAGACUAGAGGGGUCAUAAAUUGUCCACAAUUACCAUUAUACACAGGGAAGUGACUCUCCUUUGUGCUAUAAUCCAGGGUGAAAACCUUUAUGAAAUCCAUCUCAGACAGUGGAGAAGGACGACUUCGCUGCAUCAGCCCCUCAUUAAAACUAAAAUAAACCUUUAAAGAGUUCCUUGUAGAUCAAUUUUGGUAACAAAUAUCAUAAUUUGAGGCAAACGAAAUGUAAAAGACCCGUUCUGCAGAAGCAUUUUGGGUUUAUCAGCUGCUAUUUCUAGUUUCUGCAUUGUUUUAGGAGGCCUGGUGGACAUUUUUCUUGCAAUGACAGGAGUUAAAAUUAUGUUUGAAACUCAUUAUCUGUCCUUUAGUGGAUAGAAGUGAUAGCAAGAACUUAGUUAAUGUAAAAAAUUAAAGUGUCUCAUCUACUUUGCUACCUGCUUUCCCAUUUGAAUUCAUUAUAAUGAAUAGCUCACAAUUUCAUGAUGACAAACUUGCCAUCUUUCACCCUCUUCAUGCUCUUAAAAAGCAAAAAGCAAAAUAAAAGAAAGAGAGAAAGGAAAGGGCAGUUUAGUCUGGUGUUGGAGCUACGCAUCCCACACAGAGGCUGUAGUCCUUGAGUGGGUGGUCCAGGUUUGAUUCAAAUUUUGUUGCAUGAUGUUUUUGUCAGUACAUGUAAUACGGCUAAAAUGUUAGUGGAAGACUAUCAGACAUCUAAACCUGUGAUAUUUUGCCUCACUGUCAAGGCGAGAGCAAUGCAGUCCUGUAUCAGACUGAUAUAAAUUAGGGGUGCAGCAUUAAUUUCAUCGCUUGUAUACGACAGGUGUGCUGCAGGUAUUAAUUCUCACUGUCUCCAUGCGUCUCUCUCACAUUAUCACUGACGAUUUUUUUCUGAUGCAUGUCAGUAAAAGUGUCACUUUACGAUUUGAUAAUUCUUGUUCUCUCCAAUGUUAUUAUAUUAUUAGCUCCAUGUCAAAGCCUUGUCAUAUCCUAAUUUAGCUGUACGUUAGGCAGUGUAUUAAGUAAGAUGUUUUGUAUUUUUGAUCAACUUUUAGUCAAAAGAUGGCGAUACAGUUCAGAUUGCAGUAAUUUGAAUGUCUGUGCAGCGCUCCUAACACUGCGGGAGCGGUCUGGGACUCUUAAAAAAGGGUAAAACAAAAUCUUUUAUCAACACAGGUGUGUUCAUGGCACACUUAUCUAAAGUCAACAGUAGUAAAUACAGCCACAAAAGAGCACAAUAUUUCUUCAUAGUGGACGAAGGAUCAUUCCUCAAGUUACCACAUUUAUCUGUGUGUAAUAUACAGUCCUUACCUGAGUAGAUAAGAGAGAAUAGCACAGCAGCACUACAUUAUAGAGGAGGGUGGGUUGAAUGAUCCAACUGAGCUCAAGAAGUAUUACAAGUGUAACAAGUGAAAGUGUCACAAGAGUAAGGUCGUGCUUUUUAGAUUGAAACCUCAGCUAAAUGCAUGUGCUUGAAGAGAGACGUCAUUUUGACUCAUGGUAAUGACUUUUUACUGACUAGAACCAGAUCCAGAGUUUUCUAUAGUUAAAACAGAUACUGAAAAGGGGGCAAAAAUGACUAAAAUGUGACCAGGUGGGUCAUGCCCAUUCAAGCAAGUGUAACAGUGUGGUAUAUAUCUCACCACAUUUUAAAAAUGUUGUUUUUUUAUGCCUUAAUUUUUUACAAUUUUAUGAUGAUUUUUAUUGCAUCCUCUAAUCAGUAAAACUGGUUCAAGACCAUAGAAGUCCUCCACGUUUGCUUCAUAUUAUACCCCAGAAAGCAUCCACCCCCCUCCCUGAAGUUAG